AUGGCGAGAUAUGUUCUGAGUCAAUACAGAAAGUACCAAGUAACGGAUCAACAGUUGUGUAAAGCAGCUGAUGAAAUGCACUUUAAAGCUAAAACAUAUGCUGAUUAUCUUCACUUUACAAGGAAAUAUAAGGAAAUUAACGCUGAAUUUAAAGGGCAAGGUGAACGGAGUAUGCAAGAAACUGCAAGAAUGGUUGGAUUUAAAUUACCACAUGACCCAAAA